AUGGAUCCUGUGACGGCAUUUGGGCUCUUUUCAGGCGCCAUACAGGUCCUGCAGGCUAUUGCUUCGACUGUUGGUGGCCUACGACAGCUGACGGGGAAAUUACGAGAGGCCGAUUUCACCAUCCAAUCCCUGAUUCAGGAGCUAGCGUGUAUUCGGACUGCGCUCACCAGCCUCAAGGAGUGGCUUCGCAUCCACCGUAGUGGCAACGGUCGCGAUGGGCCCGAAUUUGACGAGCUUGACCAGGACCUGGCCGUCGCCAUGGACGGAUGCCGCGUUAUAAUGGAGAUCUUGUCGUACGAGGUAUUUGAGUUGGUCCAGAGUACAGAAGAGAGCGGCGGCAUCAACUUUAAGACCCGUAUGAAGAUUGUUUGGAAUGAGGAUGCCAUGAGAGGGCAUCAGGAGAAGCUGCGUGCUCAAGUUCAGGCUUUGCAAUUGCUACUUCAAGUCUGUCAAUGCCAUUCCUCAACCGAGCAAGUUCGUCUGCUCAGAAGGGCGACAACCCGUCAAAUCAUAGGCAAAGUCGCCGAUGAUACUGCGACGCUGAGAUCCGGUCGGCUCAGUCGCACCGCGACCGACACAGACGCCGUAUCACAGAGCAGCAGUCGGCGGGCUUAUAGCGAUCGGAUCUUUGAUUUUGAUGCGACUAUCAUGGACUCGCCUGUUUAUCAGCGAGCUUUGCAGCAAUGGACGACCCCCAGCCUGCCUUUGGAGACUCAGCAGUCUCAGUCGCAAUCAAGUCAACCUAGUAUUAGCGUCACUCAAAGCUCCUUUACCGACGAGGGCUAUAGUAGCUAUCAUUCAGGGGGGCAUAACAAUACUGCGCUGUCCCCCGAUAUGGCUCAGCAGCAAGAGAACUUUCUUGCGUUGCCAAAAAGUCCUUCAGCACCAUUGCAUAGUAGGAGUGUAUCUCAUACACAAGUUCCAUUGCGACAAAAUAUUGGCAGUAUACGAAGGAUUGUUUCCGACUCAAAAACUUUGACACGGGGGCAAUCAUCUGGAUCUAAGUUAGAAAGGUUCUCAUCUUUUCUCGGCCGCAUCAAUACAACCAGCCGAAGAAGCCUUAGGGUAUCGACGGUGGGCUCACAGAAUUCGCCAAUCAGCCCAAAUACCCAGGGACGAGGACACCGGUUACGUCCAAACUUCCAUACAAGCAUUGAUCUCACCAAAGAUGGUGCAUCGGUAUCCCCGCUUAUCAAAGCCGCCCAAUCAGGCUCUCGAGACGAAGCAGAACGACUCAUCGAGCGAGGCUUUGACAUCGAAGAGCGACACGAAAGGUCAGGUCGAAACGCGCUUUUAGUCGCUUCUCAUUGCGGUAAAGAGAGCGUGGUCGAUUUGUUAAUUCAAAGUGGCGCUCAACUUGCCGUAACGGACGGAUCAGGCGAGACAGCUCUCCAUUUGGCCGCAUCGCGAGGCCACUGGGAAGCAAUGGAAUUACUAUUGAUAGAGCGGAGUCUCAUCGAAAUUCCGAAUCUCAAGGGCCGUACUGCAUUGCGUGUAGCAGCAGACUGUGGGCAACCAGAUUCCGUGCAUGUGCUACUCAUGCACAAUGCUCAAGUGAAUGCCCGAGCCGAAAACCAGAUGACAGCUCUCCAUGCCGCUGCAAAGCGUGGUGACGGCGAGAUUGUACAGCUGCUCGUCACUCAUGGGGCUGACGUGGAGGCCAAGGAUGGAACGAUGAUGACAGCGUUACAUUAUGCCUGUGAAGAAGGCCACCUUGAUGCCAUUCGCAUUCUCCUGGACCAUAGAGCGAACAUCGAGGCUCAAGGUCGAGACCGAAAAACGCCGUUGAUUUGUGCGGCCGAAGCUGGACGUGCGCUAGCGGUAGAUUUUCUUCUCAAGCGAAAAGCAUCUUCACGCAGCACUGAUGAUAGCGAAAUGACAGCCCUCCACUGGGCAGCCUAUAAUGGGCAUGAACAGACCGUCAGAGCUCUGAGCGAAAAGAAAGGAUUGCUUGAUAUGGUUAACAGUGUGGGUCGAACGGCUCUGCAUUUAGCGGUCAUUCAGUCACAGUUUGCUGUUGUGGAAUUCUUGCAGCGCAAGGGGGUUCCCCUUGAAACUCGAUGCAAAACUGGUCUAACAGCUCUCCAUUACGCAUGCAUGGCUGACAGCUUCGAAAUAACACGGCUGCUGCUUCUGACAGGCGCUGAUGUUGAAGCUUCUGGGUCCAAACACCAAGAGCGGCCUCUGCAUAUCGUCGCGGCUCGGGGCUCGCUAUUUCUGUUAGACCUACUCUGUGAGAAGGGAGCAUCGCUCGAUGCUCGUAACGGUGUUGGUGAUCGGCCUCUUUGCGUGGCUAGCCGGUAUGGCCACGUCGAAGUUGUCCAGAAGCUACUCGAGCGAGGAUCCCCGCUGUCUGUCAAAUUUGGCACUGGAUUUCGAGAAGACUCGCCAUUGUGCCUGGCCGCCAUGGGAGGUCAUUGGCAUGUAGCAUCUCUGUUACUGGCACGUGGUGCAUCCGUAUUGAAAAAGGAUGAGGCCGGGUGGCAGCCAAUUCGCUAUGCUGCGUAUUAUGGCCAACCGGAUCUCCUGCAACUACUUUUAUCAAGCGGGAAAGUGCCCGAUGCAGACAUUACGGAAAUCAUCAACAUGCCAGACACGGUCGGAUUCUCCCCUGGUAUUCCUGAGGAUCGAAUGUAUCAAGUGCGACACCUUCUUAGUCAAACACUCAGCCAAAGCCACCGACGUACCAAUAUACCAGCUCCAAUGAGUCAGGUUGGAGUUUUCCAGAGUGGGAGUCUACGCGACUCACUCUCAAGCCCACCCACGCCUCCUCCCGCCCUUCCCCCUACAAUCCCGUUUGCUGUUGAAGCAGAUAGUUCAACCCCUUUUGAGCUUCCGGGGAGCUUGGAUCAGGAGACUUCCAGUGAGGUUAGAUCUGCGGAUAUCAGUCCACGGACUGCCACCCCGGAAUCAAGACAAUCCAUCGAGCAGCCACCCCCUUUGGCCAGUGACCGAGUCACCGCACUAUUGCGAGAAUCCAGAGGCUCCUCACCACUCAGACGUCCAAACAGACGAUCCAAUGGGAAUAGAAGUCGAAGUCGAUCCCGACCGGAUGACGCCCCAUUGGUGUCUGCAACAUUCACACCUAUAGCAUCUUCAUCUUUCAGCUCACCGCCGACACAUCAGUCAAGCUCUCAUAUUCACCGGCCUUUAUCACAUCGAAUGAAAGAGGAUACUCCUGUAGCUUUAGUCCCUACUUCAAACCCAACCUCGGAGCAACCAACCGACCUAGAACGAACUCCACGAACAAUUCCAACGAAACCUUUUGCAACAACCCGGGCUGGCUCUCGGGCUCGUGCAAACACUCAAGAACAUUAUGAUGACUCUGAUUCGGAUUCGAUAUCCUCUGUAUAUACAGCACCGGAAGGCGAGGCUGGACCUGACAAUGCGACCCUGGAUUAUCGUAGUGGAGUUGCGGAGUCCGCAUAA